GUUUGCUCAUCAAAGAUGGCGGCGCCCAGUGGACUCACGUUGGUGAAGUGUUCCGAGAUUUUCCUGGCUAUAAACCUACUUUCGUGAUAACUAAUGAGUUCUGUAUUAUGAAUUCUUUUAGACGAAACUCUGUCAGAUAUUUUUUCUACUAAAAUAGAAGUUUUGGUAAUUUUUAACUUGUGAAAAACAUCUUUGAAGUUAACGUCUGUGUGGCAGACGUAAACGUUGGUAGCAUUAUGACCAUAGAGGGCGCUACAGCAGCACAACGGUGGGCCGGCGACCGAGUUUUGCGAAGAGGAGGACUUUUUCUUCAGUCCAUUUUACUAUUUUAGUGUGGGACUAAACAACUAAAACUUAGAUGAACAAGUUCACCUGGCGAGAUGUCAAAUUUAUCACGGCAAACUGACAAAGUUUUUGAAGAAUUUCACCAAAAGUGGGAAAGGGAACAACAGGAAUUGAAGAAGAAAUUGGUGUUGGAGGACACAGAAUCCUGGCGGCAAGACUUUGGCAGCCUACGGUACAUCGGCGGUGUGGAUGUGUCGUUUGUCAAAACAAGUACCACGCUUGCCUGUGCGUCAUUGGUUGUGUGUGAUUAUCCAGACCUCAAGGUCGUGUACUCUGACUGUGAGCUGGUGCACCUUGACAUGCCUUACAUUCCUGGCUUCCUAGCAUUCAGAGAAGUGGGAUUCUUCCUCAACCUCCUUGACAAAUUGAAAGACACCAACCAUGGCCUAACACCUCAAGUCAUACUUGUGGAUGGUAAUGGCAUUCUACAUCCUAGAGGUUUUGGCAUAGCCAGUCAUCUGGGUGUGCUGAGCGGCAUACCGUGUGUGGGCGUGGCUAAGACACUGAUGCAGGUGGACGGUAUCGCUAAAGAUGAAAAGUUUGCGGCAAAGGUUGCUGAACUCAGUGAUGACGGAGACACCUUCCCGCUGGUGACAGCUUCGGGACAGGUUCUAGGAAUGGCCAUGAGGGGAUGUGACAAGUCAAGCAACCCGAUAUUUGUGUCCGUUGGGCACCGAGUCUCUCUGCAAACAGCCACGGAGCUCGCCAGGCGAUGCUGCAAGUAUAGAGUUACCGAGCCGGUCAGACAGGCCGAUAUUCGUUCACGCGAAUUUCUCCGUGACAUGUUCCCGGAGACUGCCCCAAGUAGAAAGCAGCAACCGAAAGCCAAAAAGACCAAAGCUCACGAAGACAUGUCACGCCCUUCCCAUGCAAAUGAGGUCAAGGUAGGCGGGGCUAAGAGCACCACGUGCUUUCUUGAUGAAGAACAUUCCGGACAAUCGGACGAGGAGGAGGAGUCGAGUUUCGACUGUUUAUUUGGUCCAACGUGACAAAGUCAACAAAAUGUGUGCAAUUAAUGGUGGUUAAACUCAUUGACGGAAUUAUAGUGUACUUGUAUGUUUUUUUAUGCGUCAAUCCUUUAUCUGUCAAAUAAUAGUAAAGCCUUUUUCUAAUAAAAUAAUUUUACCUGAAAGUAGCUCCGUAUACUGUCAGAAAUAGUUGUUUACCUGUAAACGCUCCCGGAUAGAUCAUAAUACAUAAAGCGAGUAAAAUAAUGACUGUCAUCACAUGGUCUACUGUUAAAAAUGAGGUUAAAAAUGUCUAACUUUAGGGAGAGGACAUUGCAUUCCUGCCAUUAUCCCGGUAUGAAGAGUAUAGCACUUUGCGAUUUUGAACCCUAUUAUAAUGUAACUUGACUGAAAGGGUUUUGUUAGCCUUUUGGUAGUUCAUACUAGGGACUAGAAGUGGAUCAAGAAAGAGGGGGAAAUAAUGGAGUUAUGGAAGACAGUAUAACAGACUUAAUGCCGGCUCAUACUUCAUGCGAUUAUCGGUGCGAAGCGAAUUCGUCAAGAUAGCUGCGAACGUUACAAUUAAUCUUCAGUUGUUGACGUCAUAAAAUGCACUUCGCUUUCGCUUUAGCGUGUGAUCAUAAACCGGCUUUUAUAUAUUGUAUACCUGACAGAUUGUCCAUUUGGGGCCCAUCAAAAAUGGACAUAAGCCUUUUCGCGUGGAGUAUACGAACCAGCUUUUAAAUAUUGUAUACCAGACAAGUCCAUCUGGGGCAUAUCUAAGAUAGACAUAUGCAUGUAGGUCUAUAGGCCUAUCCCAGAUAAUCUUCAAAAGCCUUCGCGACAUUUAACAGUCGAUUUUGUGACAUUUUCAGUCUGUAAAUCGUUACCAGCAGAACUCACAAAAAGCCCCGGUUUAAGAGGAUCACCGAGAGGAACGGCAAUUCCCGCUCUUGAGCUUUUAUCCCCCACAGAGAAUUGUUCUUUUAUUUCAACAAAGUGAUUGUUUUUAAGCAUCUCAUGAGAUUGAUGUCUCUCUUGUAGAUUUUUACUUACGUAUGUAUAAGGUUUGGAUUCCAGAUAGUCAACGUUUUAUGAUCUCCACGGUUUUUGGAGAUAUUUUGCAUGGCCGUUCGAAGUAAAACAGUAAGCGUUAUUUUGAAAGACGAUAUUAUUUUAAUAAUUGCUACAGCAGUGUUUCCUCUGCCCAUUGAAUUGCGAAGUGGGCUACCUCGCAAAUUUCAGCGGCCAUCUCAGGAGGUUUUUUUUUUCGCCAUAAAUACCAUGUUUGUGUUGAAUAUAAUUUAUAGUAUAUUUUAUAUUUUUCUUGUUUUCAUACUUUUAAUUCAACGUUCGAUUGCAUGUCACAAUAGUUGUUUUCGCCAUAAAUACCUUGUUUGUGUGAAUAUGAUAUGUAUUAUAUUUUAUAAUUUUCUAGUUUUCAUAUUUUUAAUUCACCGUUUGUCACAAUUGCAUGUCACAAUAUUCUUUGUGGUUAAUUUUCCAUGUGUUUUAUUACCUUCGUUCGUACUAAAUUUCCCUUAUUUUUUGUUUUUAAAGUAUACAUUUUAAUACAUGUGUUUUUGUUGAUCAUUUUAUUGUACCUUAGUUUGUUUAAGUACGGUACAUGACUUUUGUGUGUAACUUUGGUCUAUCUGUUAUUAAAAUUGCUGUACCUUUUUAGUAAUUAUUGUAUUUUCGAAAAAAAAGUUUUAUUCUCAAUUGUUCGUUAUAAUAUUCGUUUUAGUUGGAUUGUUAGUUUUGUUUUCAGUCGUAAUACCGUAUGCUCCUGAACAGACUGGCCUCUGAAAUGGCUCGAUAAUGUAAAUACAGUGAUUAUUAUCGAAGAGCCGAAUACAUUUUUUAUCAUAAUUUAUUUAUAUAGAAAUAUUUAACCUAACCAUUGAAAAUGAUGAUUAACUUUGUUUAGUAUCUGUACUCAUUUUAACAAUAAACUUUUGUAUUGAACAAACCACCUA